AUGACUACACCAUAUAUACCUGUUUUACCAUCAGAAAUGAUUGAUCGAUUAAGUGAAGAAUUAUCUGGAGAUGAUCUUUUUCACUUCACAUUGAUUAAUUAUUAUUAUCUUGGUAUUAGCAACCACCAUUUAAUACGAUUACUUAGUCGACAAACUAACAUUUUAUUAAUUAAAGAAAUAAAUGAAUUAAUUGCCAUGUACAAGUCACCCUACAUGAUUUUUGAAAAUUAUGUUGGUGUUCAAUUGUCACCAUAUCUCCUGCAAUCACGUUCAUUAUCAAUCGAUGAACUUGCUUUAUUCAAAGUAUUGGGCAAAAAUUGUUCACAACCACAAAUCGUUACCAAUUUUGCACAAUUUCUUCGAAAUUUUAUUGAUCGAUAUGAAUAUGAUUUUUGGACAGAUGCUAUCAAUUGGGACUUAUUCGUAGUUGCUGGUGGUUCAGUCGUUUUAUCGAUGUUGGCUCAAGCUCCACAAGAAAAAGGAUCUGAUGUCGAUUUAUUUUUUGUCAAACAAAAUUCGCAACUUUUUAAAGAAGCCGUGGAUCAAUUAGAGACACGAUUACAAAACAAGUAUUUUGUUCGACGUAAAACAAUUUGGGCGAAUAGAUUAAUUCAAUUUGACUUAUUUCGAAAUUGCAGUAUAAAAGAUAUUAUUAACGGCAAAACUUUUAUUCCAUCAGUUGUUAUACAACUUAUUCGUCCAACAACUACACCCACCAGUAUCUCACGAAUUAUUCAUUCAUUUGAUCUUGAUAUAUGUGCUGCAGCAUUCAACUCUAAAGAAGUAAUCAUCUCUUUUAGUUGUUUGCAAGCGUUAAAUUCAGGUCAUACAACAUGUUACGAUGUUCCAAUUUCUGCAUCUGAAUUCAUCAGAAAAGCUCAACGUUUAGUCAAAUACCAACAACGAGGUUUUAAUAUUCUAUGUCCAAAAGAAUUUGAUAUCAACGCAUAUCUUGAUACAGCUGUAGAAGAUUGUAAAGAAUUACAAUCAGCACGUAUAUAUCGAUUUCGACGACACAAAUUUGGUGACAACUGCGAUUCAUUUUUUUUACAAAAGAAAUUUUGUGAAAAUUAUUUAAAUUAA